AAAGCACGCUUUUCUGAUCUCCGUCAAGCAGUGAAAGAAUCCAAGGAUGCUGGCGGUGUUAUAGAUUAUCAAGGCAUUUUAAGUCGAGCAAGUGUAGACUGCAACUCGUUACGAUGCACACAUAUCGAAUGCGAUCUUUACAAUAUCAAAGAGAAUGAAUUUGUCCUUGUUGAGAUUUUCUCCCGAUUAUAUACUAAUACGCUCGUUGAUGAGCGAAAUCCUGGCGGAGAAAUCUCGUCUCUGGCUCUUGCACGGGUUACGAAUACCAAGAUAAAUUGGCCUCACAAGCCUACAUUAGUUACUGCUAUAUUUAACCCAAAAAGGUCCCUUGUACGAUUUGGAAAGAACCACUUGUAUGAAUGCCUUGAAGAUCCUUGUAAAAUCACAAAGAUAGAUGGGCGACGUAGAGUUGGAAAUAAUGAAAAUCUUCGGAAAUCUUCAUUAUUUCCAACUCUACGUCGCCCCAUCUAUCUUUGUGCUUUAGUGACUACUUCACUGAACGCCAUCGACGAUGAGGCUUCAGCGGCUGGAGUCCCAUGGUGGCUGUACCUUCUCGCCAUAUUAAUAGGACUUGUGCUCCUUUCUCUACUCAUUCUCCUUUUGUGGAGAGUAAGUCUCACAAAUUUCACUGUUAACAUUCUCGACCCAAUUCAUCUUGACUUUCAGUGCGGCUUCUUCAAACGAAAUCGACCACACGCGGAGAAAGCAGAGCGCAAGGAAAACCGUGACCCAGACGGACGUUAUGCAGACACAAAGACGCGCUAUGCUGGGCCGGAAACCUAUAAUCCUGAAAGUCACGGCCAAAUGCUAUGAUU